CCUGCUGACGUGGAGCUAGGUCCCGGAGGCCGAGCCCGGCGGUGUGCGGGAGAGCGACUGGGGCGGUGGAGCAGCGGCCGAGGCAGGGAUGGCGGCGCCGCUCGCUCCGCGCGGGGGAGCCGGCGUUGCCGGUCGGUGCUGGUUGGUGCUGCUGCCGUCCCUGCUGCUGGUGCUGCUGCUAGCGCGGUCCGCGGGGGCCCUGGUGGAGGGGCUGUACUGCGGCACGCGCGACUGCUAUGAGGUGCUGGGCGUGAGCCGCACGGCGGGCAAGGCGGAGAUCGCGCGGGCCUACCGCCAGCUGGCCCGGCGCUACCACCCCGACCGCUACCGGCCUGAGCCUGGCGACGAGGGGCCCGGACAGACGCCGCAGAGCGCCGAAGAGGCCUUCCUGCUGGUGGCGACCGCCUACGAGACUCUUAAGGAUGAAGAAACACGAAAAGAUUAUGACUACAUGCUGGAUCACCCAGAAGAGUACUAUAGCCAUUACUACCACUACUACAGCAGGCGCUUAGCCCCUAAAGUGGAUGUUAGAGUUGUGAUUUUGGUCAGUGUAUGUGCUAUUUCAGUGUUCCAGUUUUUCAGCUGGUGGAACAGCUAUGACAAGGCAAUCAGCUACCUAGCCACAGUGCCCAAAUACCGUAUCCAAGCCAUGGAGAUUGCCAAGCAGCAGGGGUUACUCAGAAAAGCCAAAGAGAAGGGCAGAAACAAAAAGUCCAAAGAAGAAAUUCGUGACGAGGAGGACAAUAUCAUAAAAAACAUUAUAAAAAGUAAAAUAGAUAUAAAGGGAGGCUAUCAGAAACCCCAGAUAUGUGAUCUUCUCCUGUUUCAAAUUCUCUUAGCACCUUUCCACCUGUGCUCAUAUAUAGUCUGGUAUUGUCGGUGGAUCUAUAAUUUUAACAUCAAAGGCAAAGAAUAUGGGGAAGAAGAAAGACUAUACAUCAUACGGAAAUCCAUGAAGAUGUCAAAAUCUCAGUUUGAUAGUCUAGAAGAUCAUCAGAAAGAAACUUUUCUUAAACGAGAGCUCUGGAUAAAGGAGAAUUAUGAGGUUUAUAAACAAGAACAAGAGGAAGAACUAAAGAAAAAAUUGGCAAAUGACCCCAGAUGGAAGAGAUACAGGAGAUGGAUGAAGAAUGAAGGGCCUGGACGGUUAACAUUUGUGGAUGAUUGAGGAUUGCUGAAUGCUACUAUGCCAAACCUUAAUUGUGAUAUUUUCAUAACUGAAUUAUUUUAGAAAUGUAUCAACUGCUCCUCAGCAGUACUUAAAAUUCCUCAAAUAUUUGAUUAAACAGAAUAAUGUAGAAAUUUAAACUUUCCCUUAAAACUUUAUACAGAAGACAUUUAUGAUUGUUCAAUUUUUAUAAUCUAUUUGUGGAUUUUGUUAAAUGAUCUGACAUGAAGAUUUACUCGUUGCCAUUUUAAAUUGUUAUAUGUUUAGUUAAAAGAUUUGACAUGAAAAUUUAUUAGAUACCAUUUAAAAUUUUUACGUGUUAAGUGUUUAUUCUUUAAAAGUGUUUCCUUAUUCUUUGUUGCAGUGCUACAUUUUUCUGCUUCCAUGGCCUCUGAUAUUUUCACAAAACAUAAAAAAUUAUAACAGCAUUUAAUUACAUUGUGAAUGUCUUUAGACACAAACUUCUUCAGCAAAAUGAUUUCAACUGUCAUGUCAUCUUCAUUACAGUCAUUCUAGGAUUGAAAUACGUUCAAAAUGUCUCUCUAGGAGAGUCUUCUGCCAGAAUGUGCUUAAACUAUUUUUCCCCCUGUCAUAAUGUUCUUAAUAUGAUCAGAAACUCUCCAGGAGAGUGAAUCAACCUUCACGUCCUUGUAGGAUGAUCUUGAUUACAGUCAUUAUAGGACUAUAACAGUAUUCUCAAAACAUUUUUCCAGAAGAGACCUUAAAAAGGUCUUUGGUACCACAGUAUUGCUUUCCCCACCCACUUCAGUUAAAAAAAAAAAAAUGACAGAGCAGAAGUAGUGUACUGAAAAGUUGUUCAUGUAUUAUGAAGUCCUUGAGCCAUGAAAAAUCCAGCGUACGUGAGUGUAUUUACAUGCAUUUAAACCAGACAGAGGAGGUGCAUGGCUGUGUGCUGUUCUUUCAAACAAUGAAAUAUGUUUUAUACAUGUGGAAGUGAAAGUAAUUCACACAUAAAUUGACUGAAGCAAGUAUGAUAUGCAUCAAGGUAUCGAUACAUAAUCAUGGUAGUGAAUCAGUACUCCUGUUAAAGGAUUUAUCUCAUUGCUUCAUAUUAAUAAAAUGGUUGCAAUAUAUCACAAGUUUGUUGGUAUGACAUUUUAAAUCAAGGAUUAACGUAAUUGCUUUUGUAGGAUGUAGUUUAAAAAGAUUAGUGUAGGUAAUAGAUACGCAGAGUCUGUUUCUAGCUAAAAUAAACUAGUGCUUUCAGGAGCUCAGCCCAAAUAUGUGAUAUACAAAGAGGCAGGAGGGAAGAGUUUUGACCUUGUGAGUCAUUUAAUCUGUGAGUGAGGGCCUCAGUUACCUUAGUAGAUAGAAAGUUGGGAGAGGACUUUAGAUUAUCAGUAGGACCCCUUUGCUGUUCUUAAAUUCUGAAAUAGUUUUAUUUUUCUAAAGCACUUGCCUCUCUGUUAAAAUUUCAAACUUCUGAUAUUCUAAGUAUUUUUUUUUAUACCUAGUAAUAAGGCAUAAUAAAAGGACUGGGUAUGUUAGCAUUCAUAAAGGUUAGCUGAUACAAACAAUGUAUGUUGGAAAUUAUUUUGAAUAUCUGCUAGAUUGUUGUAUUUUUCUCUGGCUUUAUAGAAACCUCAUUUCUGGAAUCACCCCCAGCAGCCUUCUCUCUUGGUAAAAGUUUGGUCGUUAUUUGGAAUCAGGGUCAUUGCAUGGGUCAAGAUAAAUGGACUCUCCUUAACGGAAGGACUGUUAUUCUUCUCUUUCCUUCCCUUAACAAAAUAUGCUUCAAAAUCCUAUAGUGAAGGAAGAGCCAUUAGUUGCAAGUGUCAUUCUAGUACUAUGAAUAUCUUUAUUUAUAUUCUGCCCAUCCCUCACCAAAAAGCCAAAAGCUUCUCAAUUUUAGAACCAUCUGGAGAAGAAACCUGGAUAGAGGAUCCCACAACCUCACUAGUUAGAUACUUUUUCUUGUGCUUCUUAAGGCUAUCCUAUCACCAUUUCCUUUUGUUUGAUAUGUAGGCGUUUAUAGUGCAUAGCUGUUCAUUGGUAUCUAUUAUCACUCCAUAUAAUUGAGGUCUGUGGUAAAAUUACUCUUAGGAUAAUAUUCAUGUCAAAUAUCUUCAUAAGAGAUUCUACUACUAACCCUUUCCUCAGUGUUAUUUGUUCUUUUUUUUUUUUUUUUAAGAUUUUUUUCUGUUUAUUUGACAGAGAAACCACAAGCAGGGGGUGCAGCAGGGAGAGGGAGAAGCAGGCUCCCCGCUGUGGGGCUUGAUCCCAGAAACCUGGGAUCAUGACCUGAGCCAAAGACAGAUGCUUAACCGACUGAGCCACCUGGGUGCCCUUCAGUGGUCUUAUUUCUUUAUGAAUUCUCCAAGUUCUGCAAAUCAGAGGUUGCUGUUUCAUUGCUCAUCUAUUCAUAUAAUCUUAAGAAUUACAAUUGGUAAAUAGGAUUUUUAAACAUUACAUGAAAAAAGAGUUUGAGAUUAGAGAAUUAACAAGUAUUUUAGUAGUACUGAAUUUAUGUUUAGAAAAAUCAUAGUUCAUUUUCUUUGUUUUGUUU